AUUAUUUUUUUGAAGCAUAAUUAGAUGAACAUGGAAACAAAAUAGAAUGAAAGAGUGGUAGUUGAUAACUGAUAAUGAGGCAAAAGUAAGUAACAAAAAUGGGUAUAAAAACAAAGUAAAAAUAGAGGAAACCGAACUAGUAGAAGUAGUAAAAGAUAGAGGAGGAGGAGGAAACACAAAGAGCGACUCGUCUUCGUCGUCGUCAGUGUUGGGGUUGAUGGAGGCACCGCUUAUCAACGGUGGCGUUGAAGAAGCGGUAGUUGUAGACCUUCAUCAUGCUCCAACCUCAGCUAUUGAUACUUGCGAGGGUGAUUAUCCUCAGAUUACGACUUUCUCUCAGGCUAAAUCAAUCUGUUGGCUUGAAUCCAUCAAGCUUUGGACUAUAGCAGGUCCUAUCGCUUUCCAGAUACUGUGUAUAUAUGGUAUCAAUUCUGUUACCCAGAUCUUUGUUGGUCAUAUCGGUGAUGUUCAACUCUCAGCCGUUGCCAUUGCUCUCUCUGUCAUCUCCAACUUCUCUUUCGGAUUUCUGCUUGGAAUGGGAAGUGCACUUGAGACAUUAUGUGGACAAGCCUUUGGUGCUGGGCAAACAUACAUGCUUGGAAUUUACAUGCAACGCUCUUGGAUAAUCUUAUUUGUGAGUUGCAUUAUCCUCACUCCCAUUUACUUAUUCGCGACUCCAGUCCUAAAACUUCUUGGACAACGAGAUGAUAUCUCAGAAAUGGCCGGGCAAUUCGCGGUCCAAAUCAUUCCUCAGAUGUUUUCACUUGCUAUCAAUUUUCCAGCCCAAAAGUUUCUUCAAUCCCAGAGCAAGGUCAGAGUUCUUGCUUGGAUUGGAUUCUGGGCUUUGAUUUUUCACGUUUUUCUACUUUGGCUCUUCAUCUACGUAUUUGGUUGGGGUAUUGUUGGUGCUGCUGUGGCAUAUAACAUUUCGGGUUGGAUUGUGUCUUUGGCUCAAGUAGUAUACGUGGUAAAAUGGUGUACAGAUGGAUGGAAAGGAUUGUCCUGGUUGGCAUUUAAGGAGAUAUGGGCUUUUGUUCGACUCUCAUUAGCUUCUGCUGUGAUGCUUUGCCUAGAGAUUUGGUAUAUGAUGGUUUUAGUUGUCCUCACUGGACAUCUUGGAAAUGCGGUGAUCGCAGUUGGGUCAAUUUCUAUCUGCAUGAACAUUAAUGGAUGGGAAGGUAUGUUGUUCAUUGGAAUAAAUGCUGCUGUAAGCGUUCGGAUCUCAAAUGAACUUGGUUCUGGACACCCUAGAGCUGCCAAGUAUUCAGUUAUGGUUGUAGUUCUCGAGUCUCUCAUUAUUGGGUUGUUCUUCAUGUUUGUUAUCUUAAUUAGCAAGUAUCAUUUCGCUAUUAUAUUCACAAGCAGCAAAGAACUUCAACAAGCUGUUGCUCGCCUUGCUUACCUUCUUGGUGUAACCAUGGUGCUUAAUAGCAUCCAACCAGUUAUAUCAGGUGUUGCGGUUGGAGGUGGAUGGCAAGCUUUGGUGGCUUAUAUUAACCUAGCUUGUUAUUACAUAUUUGGACUUCCGUUGGGUUUCCUUCUUGGUUACAAGGCAAAUUUAGGAGUGCAGGGUAUUUGGGCUGGAAUGCUUUGUGGAACUGCUUUACAAACAUUGGUUCUCUUGAUAAUCAUUUGCAAAACCAACUGGACCAAGGAGGCUGAACAAGCAUCAGAACGUGUUAAAAUAUGGGGUGGGUCAGGUGAUUAAAAUUGCUAAGAUACAACUUUGGUUCAUCAAACAUCACCACACAGUUCAUCAGUACAUUAAAGAGCAUUAAAAUGAGCGUUAAAGCUUAUGUAAGGAUGUAAUAUCCCUCAAUUCAAUUCUGAUAGUUGGGAUACUUAAAAUCCUGCUAGGUAGUAAUUGAACAACUCUUCUUUAGGUUUAUAUUUUACAAUGUUUUAGUUGUAGUUGGGUUAGAUUUAAGAAUAGGUUUCUGCAAGGAUAAACUAAGUCCUUUUGAAUAUUGGUUUACUAGGAGGAUUUUAGCUUUAUCUUCAAUGGAGUUUAGAUAUUGUAUAAGUAAGUUAUUGGUUGCUCAUUUGUUUAACUAAACUUUUUUCUUUAUUUAUAACUAGUAAAGUCGCACACGCGAUGUGAGUGCAGUUAUAUUUCAAAAUUUCAAAACCUGUAAACACAAAUCAUCUAUUGAUUUAUAUAAUUGAAAAUGCAGACGCAAAAAACACCAACAUAUUGUUAAACA